GAGAGAGAGAGAGAGGAGAGAGAGAGAGAGAGACAGAAAGAGAGGCAGAGAGACAGAACGAGAGAUAGAGAGAGAGCAGCAGAGAGUGAAUAACAUCAACAAAUGGAUAUUAUAAAUAUGGAUCACAGUUCCCGGGGUGGGAAGAAGAUGUUUGCAGAGAUAAAGAGCUCCGGCCCUAAGCUGGUCCCCUUCGCCAUCAGCUUGUGCCUGUAUUUCGGGCUGUGGCUGCCCAUCUCCAGCCCGUCCUGGUUCAGCGCGCUGCUCAAGUGCCUCCCGGCCCUCUGCCUCGCCGCCUUCGUGCUGUCGCGGGGCUUCGGCGCCGGGCGGAGCCGCCCCUACUCACGGAAAAUCCUCGUGGGCCUGCUCCUCUCGUUUGUGGGCGACAUCUUCCUCAACUGGGCCGACCAGGGCUUCUUCGACCACGGAGUGGUGUCGUUCGGCCUGGCCCACCUAUGCUACACAUUGGCGAUGGGCAUUCGGCCGUUGAUGCCAGGGCUGGCGUUGCCACUGUUCCUGGCGUCGGGGGGCCUGCUGGCGUUGUUGUGGCCGUGCCUGCCCUCGUCCGCCACCAUCCCCCUGGCCGUGUACAGCGCGGCGCUGGCACUGAUGAGUUGGCGGGCGGUGGCUCGCUGGUGGAGGCCCCCGCAGGGAGGGGCGCGGGGGUCGCCCAGCGCCGCGAUGGGCGCCGCCCUCUUCAUCGUGUCCGACUUCUCGCUGGCUCUGGAUCGCUUCUGCUCGCCGCUGCCCCACGGACGUCUCGGCGUCAUGGCCACCUACUACCUGGCGCAGAUGCUGAUCGCCAUCUCCGUACUGGACCAGGCCGACCCCGACAGCCUGUGGAAACGAAACUAGACCUUCACCAGCGUCGUCACGUCCCAGUUUAGUUCCGUUUAUUGUCACCUGUACCAACCUGGAUUCAAUGGACAAUAGGAGGAGGCCGUUCGGCCCUUCGUGCCAGCACCGCCAUUCAAUGUGAUCAUGGCUGAUCAUCCCCAAUCAGUACCCCGUUCCUGCCUUCUCCCCAUAUCCCCUGACUCCGCUAUCUUUAAGAGCUCUAUCUAACUCUUUUUAAAAAAAAAUUUCUAUGGAUGUACGGAAACUUAAUUAUUUCUUCCUUGUAAAGCACUUUGGUUUCAACACGAGUUGAUUUAAACUGCUAUAUAAAUAAGAUUUACUUACUUACUUGAAAACAUCCAGAGAACCGGCCUCCACCGCCUUCUGAGGCAGAGAAUUCCACAGACUCACAACUAUCUGUGAGAUAAAGUGUUUCCCCAUCUCCGUUCUAAAUGGCCAACCCCUUAUUCUUAAACUGUGUGGCCCCUGGUUCUGGACUCCCCCAACAUCAGGAACAUGUUUACCUGCCUCCAGCGUGACCUAACCCUUAAUAAUCUCGUAUGUUUCAAUAAGAUCCCCUCUCAUCCUUCUAAACUCCAGAGUGUACAAGCCCGGGCCCAGUUCCCCGAACGAGAGUCUGAAGAAGGGUCUCGGCCCGAAACGUCACCCCAUGAAUGUUCAGUUUCACGAGGGGGGGCCAUAGUGGAGCAUCACGGCAACAGUGAGCUUAAAUAAUUGUUCACAUUAAUGCGACAGUGAGUAGCUACAUAACAUCUUUGAGACCCUUCAUUAUCUAUCCUACCCAUUUACACUAAUCCUAUCUGCCUGCAUUAGUUCUGUAGCCGUGUUUAAGAAGGAACUGCAGAUGCUGGAAAAUCGAAGGUACACAAAAAUGCUGGAGAAACUCAGCG